GGUUUGAUUUCAACGCGCGAAACGCCAACUGUUUCUAUAGCAAACAGCAACAACAACAACAACAACAUUGGCAAAAGUAGCGACAGUAGAAAUGGACGUGGUUUAGCUGUUAUGGAGGAUGCCAGACGCCGUUUAAAACCAAGGCAAAGAAGACGACACCGCUGAGAUGGCGAUGUAACAAGUGUCAGUUGAACUCAAAUGGUGUAAAACUAAAGAGAUGACGCAGUCUGUUGUAGUCCAAGUCGGCCAGUGUGGGAAUCAGGUGGGCUGCCGCUUCUGGGACCUCGCACUCAGAGAACAUGCACACGUGAAUCAAAUGGGAGUUUAUGAUGACGCGCUGAGCAGCUUCUUUAGAAACAUUGACCAGAGGAGAGGGUAUGGAGCGGAGGCUACAGGGGGCAAGAUCACAGCUCUGAAGGCCAGGGCCGUGUUAGUGGACAUGGAGGAGGGAGUGCUUGGAGAGAUUCUGCAGGGGCCGUUGCGUUCUCUCUUCAGCAGCGCACAGCUCAUAAGCGAUGUCUCUGGUUCAGGGAAUAACUGGGCAGUUGGGCACCACACAUAUGGUUUGGCCUACAGAGAGCAGAUCGUGGAUCAGGUUCGCAAGGCUGCAGAACACUGUGACUGCCUUCAGUGCUUUUUCCUUAUUCACUCCAUGGGGGGAGGGACUGGUUCAGGGUUAGGCACAUCAGUGUUGAAGCUUCUAGAAGAGGAGUUCCCAGAGGUGUAUCGGAUCGUGACCUCCGUUUACCCCACAGCAGAAGAUGAUGUUAUCACUUCUCCUUACAACAGCGUCCUAGCUAUGAAAGAACUCACAGAACAUGCAGACUGCGUCCUGCCGGUCGACAACCAGUCUCUGGUUGAUAUUGUUGGUAAGAUAAAACAUAUGUCCAACACUGGAAAACCAGGCUGUGCUAUCAAGAAGGACAGUACCAUCAUCUCUGGACAAGGAGGAGUGAUGAAGGUCGAGAAGCCAUUUGAUGCCAUGAACAACAUUGUGGCCAAUCUACUUCUUAAUAUUACCAGUUCAGCUCGGUUUGAGGGCUCUCUCAACAUGGAUCUGAAUGAGAUAGCCAUGAACCUGGUCCCUUUCCCACGUUUACACUACCUUGUGUCCAGCCUGACUCCUCUCUACACCCUUGCUGAUGUCAAUGUACCACCACGCAGGCUGGAUCAGAUGUUCUCAGAUGCGUUCAGUAAGGAGCAUCAGCUGAUCAGAGCCGACCCCAAACACAACCUGUAUCUGGCCUGUGCCCUUAUGCUGCGUGGAAACGUUCAGCUGUCGGACCUGCGCCGGAACAUUGAGAGGCUAAGGCCCACCCUGCCGUUUGUCCCAUGGAAUCAGGAAGGAUGGAAGACCAGCCUGUGUUCAGUCCCGCCUGUGGGUCACUCACAUUCUCUGCUGGCCUUAGCCAACAACACUUGUGUGAAAUCCACCUUUUCUGAACUGAGGGAACGGUUUAUGAAGCUCUACCGUAGGAAGGCUCAUUUACAUCAUUAUCUAGCAGUUGAUGGCAUGGAGCAGGCUGGAUUCACUGAAGCACUGUCCUCAAUCUCAACUCUUAUUGAAGACUACACACACCUGGAAAGCCCUCUCAUGCCCAACGCCCCCAGACUCACCAUGGCCACCUGACCUAGAUGCCGAUACCGCAGGAGCGUGAACAGGGUGACCAGGCUGUGGUUUGGACCAAACAGUUCUUCUUCCAGGCUAAAGGAGGAUCCCUGUAAGCUUUCAGUGUUACAGUCACAGAGCACUACGUCAUCCCACAGCAGCACACAUCCAU